CUACUACAUAAUGGAUCCGUCUCACUUAAAGGCUCAUCAGGCUCUUAUCGCAUUUUCGCCGACUGAGCGGAAAAUUCGCUCAAAAGUGUAAUUAGUUCGGCACUAGAUCAUCUUUUGUUCGUUAACUUUGAACUUCAGGAUCAUGGACAGCAGGAUUUUUACUCUGGCUCUGUUUCUCCACAUGGCCAGUAGAUCUAUUGCUUCAUUUGCCGGUCCCUACGACAUUGUUCCUUUAGAGUUAGGGAAAUGUACCACUUCUACAUGCCAGAGUCCAAAAUUCAUCUUCAACAAUUACAAACUUAGGAAGCUGGACAGGUCAAGCUAUGUCUACAGUGGGGUUUUAAACAGUUCGAUUCCUCUCAGCGAUGAAAUAAAGCUUGCAGCUGAUAUUUCCACUUGGGGAAACGGCGGUUGGAAGCCAAAUUUCUACUAUCUCGAGUUAGGCGGCUUGUGCUCAGGAAUGGAAAAGUACCUUCCCAAAUUUAAAAAGGAGAUCUUUGCUCAGAUGAACCAAUCGUGCCCCGCACCCGAAGGUGUUUACAAUUUCGAAAAUUUGAGUUUUGUCCAAGAGAGCCAGUUAAUGAGCACACUUCCUUAUGGAAAGUACAAGAUUGUAAUGAAGGGUACCGAUUCAGACGGAAAUUGUUUGGUAUGUGUGAUUUUUGUCUGUGAUUGCAUACCAAAGGGAAAGAAGAAAUCAUAGACAAUUUUUAUACAUCCCAUUUAGUGAUUGUUCAAAUUUUUCUGGACAAUAAAAAUGAUACAAAACCAACUAUUUCCUUGUACUC